CGGGCGGGGGCGCCUCUGAGUGACGCGCCCUCCUCGCGGUGCCCUUCAGCCGCCGCAGCAGCACAGAGCGCCACAUGGACCCCGCCGGCCCGAGAGCGCGCUGCUGCUGAUCAUCCACCCUGGAAGGCAGAGGACUCUGACCACACUUGAAUGUGAGAUCUGACCCCGGAGUGGCUCCCGAGGAACCAACCUAUCGUCAUGGAGUUCGUCAUGAAACAAGCCCUGGGAGGGGCCACUAAGGACAUGGGGAAGAUGCUUGGGGGUGAUGAGGAGAAGGACCCCGAUGCCGCCAAGAAAGAGGAGGAGCGGCAGGAGGCGCUGCGGCAGGCAGAGGAGGAGCGCAAAGCGAAGUACGCCAAGAUGGAGGCGGAGCGCGAGGUCAUGCGGCAGGGCAUACGAGACAAGUACGGCAUCAAGAAGAAGGAGGAGCGUGAGGCUGAGGCCCAGGCAGCCAUGGAGGCCAACUCGGAAGGCAGCCUGACUCGACCCAAGAAGGCGAUUCCACCAGGCUGUGGGGAUGAGCCAGAGGAGGAAGACGAAAGCAUCCUAGACACUGUCAUCAAGUACCUGCCUGGGCCGCUGCAGGACAUGUUCAAGAAGUAAUGGUACUGAAUCAUAACCACCAGGAGCCCCGCCCACUGUACAGACCCCUCCCCCGCGAGUCUCCCUCCCCCACAAGGGAUGUUGGGAGCAGAUGCAGCCCCCCUCCCCCUGCAAAAAAAAAAAAAAAAAAUAAGCCAUAGUCCUAGAUCUAUCCUGCCCAUAUCCCCCCUCAUGCCUCGGGAGCCUCUGGCCACCCCUCCCCGCACUGCCAUCACUGACCCCACCAGGCAAGGGUGUGACCCUCAGGCCCCUGUGCUGUGCAUCCUUGCCAUUGGGUGGCUGGCCCCUUUCCUUACUAACCCUGAGUUCACCAUUCCCACUGAGCCUGCCCCAAGGUCAGGCCCCGAGGGCCAGCCCUGACCACCCCUGGAUGGGUGGCCACCGGUCAGGGCCUAAACUCAGGAGCACAGCCAUAGUCGGGUGGGACUUGGGGAAUGAGCAGUGGGUGCUUGGGGGGCCCCCAGCCCUUCCCCCGAGCCCAUUGCCCCAGUUUCUGGGCUUGUUAGACCUGCUGGACCAUUCGCUCUGUCUUCCUGUCUGUGCGCUACCACCGUAGUCUUUCACCGGCAGCCCUUGCCUACUUUGUCCAGCUGUCUCUCUCUCUGUCUCUCUGUCGCUCUGCAAGUUUUGGCUUUUUAAGGAUGCCACAGCCAGAGGAAACAGCAAUAGAUUGGGAGCGGGUGGUCUCAGACACACGUGGAGUCCCUCGACAGCCUCUGCAAUGCACACGUUCCAGGGCCCCAUCUUUCCCUGAUCCCCACCGCGCUCUCUCUCUCUCUUCAUGGAGGGCAGACAGCCUCCUAGGGAACUCUUGGCUUUAUUUACCACGGGGCACCUACCUUCAAAAUGCCUGACUUCCUAAAAAGUCCGAGGCUUUCUGGGGAUCCGUGUGCAGAGCAGCAGACCGAGGGCCACGGGGACCAGGUGUCCCAUCCUCUCUGCUCCUCCUCCUCCUCUGAAGGGCUGACAGUGGCCGGUGAAUGCAAGCUCCUGGCCUUGGGCUGUGCUGUUCUG